CUCAAUUUCCAGCCUUUCAAUCGAUGUGCGCCGUUGCCGAAUCCCGUUGGUUUCAACAGGAUGUGAUUGUAGUGGUUGAGAAUCCCAGUGACCAGCCGAAUUUGGAACGGCUUCAGCUGGCAUGUCAUGUUUUUGGGGCAGAAUUGCUUUUGGUGCAGGACGCCAAACCGCAGGAUCCCAGAUGUCGGAAAUCACUGGAUCUGUUGAAGGAGGGCUACGACUCCAAAUUUCGCAUUUCAAAUAGCACAACCAACUGCAUGAAGGAAUUGAGGAAGGAAGGAACCCGCUCCCUUGCCACUGCUUUAGAUGAGCACAGUGUGAGCAUUUACGACACCUGCUUUGACUGUGGGAAGAUCGCCUUGUGGUUUGGGCAGGAAAAACACGGCCUCACUGAUGAAGCAAUUGCCGCGGCCCAUGAGCGCAUUUUCAUUCCCAUGGCAGGGAUGGUCCAAAGCCUGAAUGUGGCGGCAUCUGCUGCAGUAAUCCUGGCGGAGGUCGCCAGGCAAAGAGUCUUCAAUUUUCCCGUGCAAAAGUGGCCUGCUGACAAGUCGGAAGCCACCAAGGAAUCCACAGGAGGGUAUGCCCAAGAUGUGGUGGACAAAACAAACCACCUCGAGAGCGCUCGGACGGAGAAGUUCAUGGCAAUUGCUCGAAAACGGCAACGGGGCCUGGUAGUGGUCCUACAUGACCCUGACAGGCUGGAUGCUGGUGCCAUGCUUCGAGCUUGUGAUGCAUUUGGAGUGGCCGAAGUUCACUUCGUGUUUGAAGCGACAAAGGCCUUUGAUCCUUUGGCCAACCGUCAAGUGAUGAAGUCCGAGGGCUCCAACCUUUGGGUUUGCUCCAGAGUCUUUCACAAGGCAGGAGAUUGCUUCGAGCACUUGACCCAGCGUGGCUUCACGCACGCACUGCUGAGCCCCGACCCUCAGCAGCCAUCGGAGAUGGUCUUUGAGAGUCGUUUGGGGCUGGAACCGCAGGUGGCACUUUGGCUCGGCAGACCACCAGCGCCAUCCAUGACACGGCUGGGCCUCCCGGGGGUGGGGAAAGCGUUGGCUGCCUCCAAUUUCGUGGCCCUGGUGUUGGCUGAGCUGGUACGACAACGGAAUAGCGGCUCUGCCACUUGCUGGCGUUUGACUCCUGAUGAGCAAUUGUCGUAUCUGAAAUGGUGCACAGCCGUCCAUGCCAAACGCCAUCCGAGUGUGUCGCAAGGGGAAGGCUUCGAAGGCUUCGAAGGGGCCAUGAGCCCGGAGUAUGAACGACUGGGUCGCCUGAGGGCAGAGCUUGCAAGGCAAGGUUGGUGAGGGCCAGUCCAUGGAGUUCAGAGGUGCUAAAAACAGAACGAUCAGAACGGAAAAGGAGGUGAACCGAGUCAACCGGACUUGGGGAGCAGAUCAAGUGGAUGAGAUUGGGGUGCUGGUUGGCUUCUGUCCACUGGAAAGCAAGAAACCGGAGGUCAAGUUGGCAACUGAGGAAGCAGAAAACAUCCAGCAGUGAAGCGAACUCGUUUUGGAUAGGUCUGCUAUGCGAGUCAUCAGGACCUCAGUACAUUGAGGACGUUUGAGUGGCUAAAGAACAGGAAAGAACACGGACUUCAAAGAUCUGCUGGCGACAGAGCAAGCACACGAGGCAAAUGCGUUGAGAGGAAGGUGAAGAAAAA